CAUCCAUAUCUUUUUCUUCAGCCAAUAGCUUGGAAUGUCGUAAGUGCUUAGUUAAUGAAGGAAACUGCUCUAUGGCCCAGGUGGAAGUUUGUGGGCCCAGCCAAGAUGCCUGCUUCUUUGUGAUCAAGAAGUACCAUGGAUUGAGCGCAGAUACAACAAAGCAGGGCUGUGGCUCCUCAAAUGCUUGCCGACGGUACCCUGUGGGAGUGAAGGGUUCCUUGUUUCGAGCAAUGUGGUGUUGCUCUUCGAAUCUUUGCCAGCCUGUGAAUUUGCACGUCAACCGAGAUGGAUUGCAAAACGGGGUGGUGUGUCAAAGUUGCAUUGGGAACCCAACAGAAUGUGGUCUGACGGCCCCUUCGAUGCAAUGCUAUGGGAGUGCUGAUCGGUGCGUGCAGCUUUCCCAGAGCUUCCUACCAGGAGAAGAGCUAGAACCCAUCAUAAAAGGAUGUGGAAAUCGUUCUUUCAAAGAUGUUCAGGUGCUCUACCAGAUUGGGAGAGAUGUUGCCUUUCUCGAGCAAAAGGUCUGUGGCCAGUCCAACUGCAAUAAUAGGAGUUUUCCAGAGAUACCUGCUGGACAGCCCAAUGGGCUGCGGUGCUAUACCUGUCGAGAUUCAGGGCGUGGGGAGUGCGCCCUCAACAGAUUGCAGCUUUUGGAAUGCACUGGAGCCAUGAACCGUUGUGUGCAUAUCAUAAAAGCAGAAAAUAAAAGCACAGCUGUGACCACCCAGAAGGGCUGUGCCACGGAAUCCAUGUGCAGGAAAGACACAGAUAUAUACCUUCGACUGAAGGGAGAAGAUUCCCAUGCAGAAUGUUGUAAAAGGAAUCUUUGUAACAAAGCCCACAGUCCUUCCAGCCCAGAAAUGAUAACAAUUCUUGGUUUAUGGUUGGUGCUGAAGGUCUGUCAAUAGCUAUCGUUGGUUCAUGUAUAUCCCAGGUAGUUUCAUCGGUGGCACAGAAAUAAAUUUGGGACAUUUU